UUCUUUCAAGUAACCUAAUGACUAUAAAUUUCACCUUUAAGGUGAAUAAGUGGGAUGAUCAGGGUUUAAACUCCGACCCCCUGCAUAUAUAAUGCAAUGUCUUACGAUCUAAGUUAAGCUCAAGGGAAUUACAGAAGAAAAAUUAGUCAACAAAAAUUGUUAUAUUUCCAAACUUAAAACAUAAUACUCCCCUCCGACCUUAUUUAUAAGCAAAAAUUAUUUUUCAAAUUAUUGAAUAACUGAUACAUCUAAUUUAAAUAUUGGCUAGAUACAUCAAUCGUUCAAUAAACUUUAAGAAAAAAAAAAACUUUUAUUAGGCUGACGAGAUUUCAGUCCCAAUACACGUUCCAUUUUCAAAAUUCAGAUUUCUCAUUAAAAAAAAAAAAAGAGAGAGAAAAAUAUUUUUUUGAAAACAAGAGAGAGAGAAAAAUAUAAAUUCCGGUCAAAAAGUAAAUGACAAAAAUAAACGGUUCCCUAAAAAGGACCGUGCAUGAAACAUAUUUAAUUUACCGUGUCACGUCGUAACUUCACCCACCCCUUUUCUUCACACACAAAAAAUCUCAACCCAUUCUUACAAAAAAAAAAAAAACAAGAAAACCCAACCAAAAAUGAACACAAGCAAAGCCGAAGCAGAACGAUUAUUAGAGAUCGGAGAAGAACUUUUACAAAAACGCGAUCUAAAAGGUUCACGAGAAAUCGCAAUUCUCGUUCAAGAAACCGAACCUCUUCUAGAAGGUUCCGAUCAGAUCUUAGCAAUUGUCGAUGUUCUUGAAGCAGCAGAAAAGCCAUUGAAUCUGAACAAUCAUCAUCUCGAUUGGUACGCAAUUCUUCAAAUCAAUCGAAAUUCACAAGAUCUUAAUCUUAUCAAGAAACAGUAUCGUACUCUUGCUCUUCUUCUUCAUCCUGAUAAGAAUCCUUUUUCGUUUUCUGAACUUGCGUUUAAACUUGUUUCUGAUGCUUGGGCCGUUUUAUCUGAUCCGGCCCAAAAGGCCCAAUAUGAUAAAGGCUUUGAAUUUGAACUUGAAGGUACUAAUAAUGGUUUAGGGAAUGGAAAUGGUAAUGUGAGUUUUUGGACUGCAUGUCCUUAUUGUUAUCAUUUGUAUGAGUAUUCUAGGGUUUAUGAAGGUUGUUGUUUGAUGUGUCAGAAAUGUGAUAAAUCUUUUCAUGGUGUUUCGAUUCGGUCUCUUCCGCCGAUUGUGCCGGGACAAGAAGCUUAUGAGGUUUCUUGGGGAAUGUUUCCGAUGGGUUUUGUUUUUGAAAGUUUGGGAAAUGGUGGUGGUGAUGUUGUUGUUGGUUCUGGUACGAGGAAGUCAUAGGUUGUUGUUUUUGUUGUUUGAGUUUUGUGUUGUACUGUUGUUUAAUGAUGUUGUUUUAUUUUUGAGAAAUCUUUGUUGUACUGUCAAAAAAGGAAAGAUAAAUCUUUGUUGUUUUUA